AGAAGAUAACCCAGUUGGGCGGAGGAGGAAGGUGUUUGGAAAUUAAAAGGGAAUUGGCGAAGAAACCCUAAGAUGGGUCGAGGGAAGAUUGUGAUAAGAAGGAUCGAUAAUUCAGCGAGCAGACAAGUGACCUUCUCCAAGAGGAGGAAGGGACUCAUUAAAAAGGCUAAAGAGCUCUCUAUUCUCUGCGAUGCCGAACUUGCUCUCAUUAUCUUCUCCAGCUCCGGCAAACAGUAUGAAUUUGCAAGCACUAGCAUAGAGUCGGUAAUUGAGAAAUAUAAUAGACGAAAGGAGGAAGAUGAACUGCUGUUGAAUCCAAUUUCUGAUGUCAAGUUAUGGCAGAAGGAAGUAUCAGCUCUAAGGCAACAACUACUUAACUUGCAGGAGAAUAAUAGGAAAUUAAUGGGGGAGCAACUCUAUGGUUUAUCAAUUAAAGACCUAAACAGCCUUGAGAGCCAAUUAGAGUUCAGCUUACAAAGCAUCCGAAUUAAAAAGGAACAGAUAUUAAACGAUGAAAUAAAAGAAUUGAACAGAAAGGGAAUUCUGAUGCACCAACAAAAUGUAGAGCUGGCCAAUAAAGUAAACCUCUUUUGUCAAGAAAACAUUGAAUUGCACAGAAAGGUUUACGGGCAUGAUUCAAGAUUAGAGAUGAGCGUGGCCACCGGAAACCCGUUGAUUCCGUACGCAAUUGGAGGCGACGCCGGGCUGCGUGUGCCAAUCCACCUUCAGCUCAGCCCGCGGGAGCAAUGAGCUUAAUUUUAGUUAACUAACCCAUCAACGCGCCGCACAGAGACCCAAUUAUAAGAAAGGUACAGGAAUUAUACGUAAAAAGAUCGGUGUUCUUAAGGUUUGAGAAAUAAAGACAGAGAAUGAAAGAAUGGGAGAGGGAAAUGGUUGUGUUUGGUUGGUUGGUUGGUUUAUGGAUAAAGUUUAAGGUAAUUACUGGUCUG